UCUAAGUCCAGGAAAUCUGCUGACAACUCAUUGUUCUGUCAAAACUUUUGAACAGACACGUUCUCCUCUGAAAGACUGCUGGUUGCCCUGCAGCGAUAAAGAGUAAACAUGCUCAUUUUUGCUCCACUGUGUUUGCUCCUUUGCUGGAUGCUUCCUGUUGGCUCCAAGAAGAUCAGCAUCACCCCUUUACGACAUGCCAAGCAGCCCAUUGCAUUGAACAUGGUUAAAAAUGCCGUUGAUGACAUGUACUUCGAUUGCAAUGCAAGGAUGGCAGACAUGGUCAACAACAAAUACUUUAGAAAAGAGAAUGUGGGAAUAUUUGGAGAUGUCUGGAAAAAGGCAAAUACAUGUGCAACCAAUAGAUUAAAAUAUAAAGAUAAAGAAGAUAAGGCCUUAACCAUUAAUCACAUACAGGCAAUCUGUGUUUACACAGGUAAUGAUGCAGUGAAUGAUAAAAUGUUUUAUCAGGUGUUCAAUGAUGCAGUCCGGACAAACAGUGAAAAAUAUUGUACCUCUUUUCCAUUCCACUCCUUACACUUCUGGCUGACAUCCGCUAUAGAGAUCCUCAGGAACAAUAAAAACUGUAGCACCACUUACCGCAGAACCAACGACGUGUUUACCGGCGAGGUCAACCAGAUAGUUCGGUUUGGUACUUUUACAUCCUCCUCUUUCAGAUCAAACAUGGCACAGUUUGGUAACAAAACCUGUUUUAAAAUUACAACCUGCUUUGGUGCUUUCUUGAAGAAAUAUCCACGCCUUAAAGAUAAAGAGCAGGAAGUGCUCAUCCCCCCUUAUGAGAUGUUCAAAAUAACUAAGAAAAUGAAGAAUCGAUUUGUAGAAAAUCUGUCUGACUGUGAGUAUGUGUAUAUCUUAGAGAGUGCAGGAGUGGAGAGCAAUCUAGACUGUUGUGCUAUUAAAUGAAAGACCAGUUGUUCUUCUUCAGCUGGUGGAGCCAAGUGAGUAUUUAGUCUUGUUCUGCUAACUCGUGCACAUAAUCCAAGCCAAGCUCAUUAUAGUAUAUCUAUGCAUUCUCCUCAACUCCUAAAUUUAUGCUGGAUGGGUUCUUUGACUA